CGAAAUUACUUAAAAUUUGGUAAAUUGUGUUUACGCAGUUUCUUUGUUUUUAAGAUGUUAGUGCGGAGGACGUAAUUGCAUUUUCUGAAGAAAUAUUUAGACUUGACUCUAACAAUGUGGGAGCUAGUAUACAAGUUGACAUCGGAGGAACAACUAGCGUUGGAAAUACACAGGAUAAAUCUCCAGCUCCCCUGUUUACCAGUGUAGAUGAGAGUGUGAUGAAUUUACCAAUUUACCAGAAACUGUUUGCUCUAUAUGAUAACUAUGAGAAGAAGACUACUGUUGCUGAAGAUCACACUGAGCAAGAACAUCAAGAGGAAUUAGACUUUUUACAGUAUGUGCUCGAUUCCGAAGUUAUGAAGACCACAUACGCUUUUCUGACAGAGAAAGGUCUUUUCAGUGGAACUUACGAAAAUUUUGGUGAAAAACUGUACACACUCUGGUUUGGACAAUAUGAGCGGGCAACUGGAGUUUUAAGCUCCAGCGGGUUUGAACAUGUAUUUAUAGGCGAAGUAAAAAAUGGCGAGGUUAGCGGAUAUCAUAACUGGUUCAGCUUAUACAACCAAGAGAAGGGAGGACAUAUAAACUACCUAGGAUACUGGAAACAUGCUAAUAUUGGAAAUAAUGAAGGACAUGGUUUAGAAUUCACCUUUACCUGGGACAAUGUACAGAAACCGUACGGAUCUACAAUGAUUGGAACCUCCCCUGAGCUUGAGCUAGCUUUGUAUACCACCUGUCUGUUAACCUAUCCUAAUGAGCAAUGCCAUGUAAGACUAGGUGGAACUGACGUCUUCAUCCAAACCUGGACUCAAUACUACAACGGAGAAUUAAUGGUUGGCUCCAGCUAUCCAGAUUUUGCUUGAGAAUAACUAAAAAUAAUUAUAUUUAUUUAAAUUGUUUGAUUUCUUAACAGAAAUAUAAAUAUAAGGAUUGUAAUCUUAA